AUGAGCGCAAGAACACGACGACAAAAGGCUUCCCUCGCUGCUGAGGAGAGCGAAGAUUCACCUGGCAAUGGCUCUGUGUCGACAUCUUCAAAGCGCGCCUCUUCCAAGAAGAGGGCCAGAUCCGCCGCACGGGAAGAGAGCAAGGAAAGCAAGGAAAACAUCUUCCUUUUCACCCCAAAUCUUAUCGGAUACACUCGAGUCGUUUUGACCUUCGCCUCCCUAUACUACAUGCCCCUCCAUCCCCGAACCUGCUCCUUCCUCUACACGGUGUCCUGUCUGCUGGACGGCCUGGACGGUUAUGCAGCACGAUACUUCAACCAAUCCACCACCUUCGGUGCAGUGCUGGACAUGGUGACCGACCGCUGCACCACUGCGUGUCUCCUAGUCUUCCUGAGCUCCGCCUGGCCCCGGUGGGCCAUCCUCUUCCAAGGGCUCAUCAGCUUGGACAUGGCCAGCCACUACAUGCACAUGUAUGCUACUCUAAGCAUGGGCGGAUCCAGCCAGAGCCAUAAGAAGGUCGAUCCUAGCCGUAGCUGGAUUAUGUACCAGUACUACACCAGCAAGCUCGUUCUGUUCAUCUGCUGCACCGCCAACGAAGCCUUCUUCAUCGGCCUGUACCUCCUGUCUUUCUCCUCGCCGACCCUGUCCCCUUCGCUCCUGCAGCCCGUCUCCGACUCCCAGCUGUCCUCCGCCCAGCCCGGAAACCCCGCCCACCCCGAGCCUGCCAGCCUCUUCGCCAGUCCCUGGAGCGCCGGUGCCCUCGAGAUGGCGCGUGCGAACAAGCUCGAGAGCACCUGGCCGUGGAUCAUCACCGGCAUCUCGUUCCCUAUCAUGGCCUUUAAGCAGUUCGUCAACAUCGUCCAGAUGGUGAACGCCAGCAAAUGGCUCGCUGAGGGUGAUCUCGCUGCCCGCCGAUCCAACCGCAAGAAGUAAAGGUUUGGAACUACGUUAAAGCUACACGGUAGCUGGUCGAGAUUUCCAAUUCCUUUCUACUUGUCAUGCAUGUCUUUGGAGCUACGGUCUGUGUUUUCAGGGAUGUGCAAGCAGACAGCGCUAGGAGCUGUCCCUUCCUCCCCAGGGGAAUGAUUGGUCAGGUAGUUGGAUCCUAUUCAUAACGUCUUGGACAGGAAUGAUUCUUUUGGUGGCCAGGCAUGGUCCAGAUUCUGGGACCCUGUACAGUACACACGCGGGUUGUGUUUUUCUUUUUUUUUUCGCCAUUUCUUCUCUCUUACUCUUCUCCUCGCUUUUCUUCCUUUCCCUUUACCUUUUCUCCUUCUCGCUUUUCGGGCUCUGUGUCUAAGGCCUGGUUCUUCAAUCUUGUCUUCUUUUGUUCUCAUUGCCUGUGCCGGUCUAUCAUCAUUGUUAACGCCGUUAUACAUCAUUUAAUGCAUUGCUCUUGUAUCUGACUUUGGUUAUGACUGGGUGGAAGACCUAGUCAAUGAUAGCUGUGGAAUAUUGCUUCCGAUACUUGAUAUUUCCGAUUUGUUGUUGACCUUUACCUAACAGAGACUGGUCCCUUUGAUUUUAGCUAUUGCGCCUUUUCA